AUGGACUCGGCGGCAGACUCCCUCCUUGCUCUUUCCAAUACCGCAGUAGCUUACGCUGCCAAAGACGGACACCUCUCCGACGACGAUCGCUCCAGCAGCCUCAGCGAGUUGGACGAUGACAUUGAAGAUGGCGACGAAGAAGAUCUCGAGGUUGCCGUCCCAACUGAGGUGGAUUCUGAGGCCGAGACUGAACGCCUGCAGGUCACUCCAGACAACCUAAACAGAAAAAAACCCCUCGAGAUCAGUCCAAGUAAACUAUCCCAGAGACAAGACGUUGACCUGCGACCAGAGAUAGAGAGUUUCACAGAGAGUCCUGUUUCGUCCCCAAUCUCCUCCCACCACGAGUCAGACCAUGAAGAGGGCCUAAGCGAUGGGCAGGAUGCAGACGAAGAUGCCCAGGAUGCCGCUGUUGUAGAUCCUGCAGCCUCCCCGAACAAGCGUAAAAGGGAAGAAAGCGAAUCAGAUGUCGAAGAGGCCCCCAGAUCACAGAGACGACGGACAGGUUCCGUUGAUACCGAAGAUGAGAAGUCUGAACCAGACACCGACGGCGAGGAAAAUGAGAGCCAUCAUUCCCGGGAAAACACUAUUGAACCCGAGGUCGAGGCGCCCGAGCAUGACGAAGAGGAGGUAGUGGAGCCUCAAAAAGAGCAGAAAGAAGCCGAAAAAGUCGACAGCAGUGAGGACUCCAAGGAGAAAAGCAAAAGCAGACCCCGUAGGAGAGCAAAGGACCCGGUCAUCCAGGAACUACAACACGAAGACGACGAGGACGCUGCGCACGCGGAAGACUCCGAAGUCGUCGAUGACAACGAUCUCGAGGCUGCAAUCAAAAGCGAAGAAGAGCAAGCCAAGCGACUGUCAGCCAUGGAAGCCCUGACUGCACUCGAGAGACAUUUUGCGACAUUGAGGGACCGGCUGUAUGACGAACGAAUUGCAGCUAUAAAUCAUGAACUGCAGUUAUUGUCAGAACCCAAGCCGGCUCACCCCGAACUGAUUCGCCAGGUCGAAGUGGUGCAGAAAUACCGGGAUGAGAAGUAUGAGAUCGAGCAAAAGCUGCUGGUCUACAAGAUCGGAGCCCUGAAGAACAAGGCCGUCGCGGAGCGAAGUCAGAUUCACAGCCAAUAUUUUCAAACGGUCAGAGACAUUCGAGAAAGACAUCUUGAACGCCUUAGCGAACACUUUUACCGGAUUCAACGAGACAGAUUCAAAGCCGACUCGUCAGUACCCAGUUUCAGCAUACCUUUCCCAGAACGGAGGUCGCAGCAGAUCUUACAGCAAACAGCCUACAAUAAAGAGGUUUCGAUCUUAGCAGGGGUCGCCAAAUACGUCGGCUUUCCCGCUGCACCCGAGUUGGCCGCAUCAAGGCAGAAGGACAUAGAGGAUGACAUCCAGAAGAUGGGGAUUUCACAGAGUCAGAUUCGGGCUGGCAGACCCAGUCGACGCCCAGCAGCUCAAUCACAGAUAUCAGGACCCCAAGCAGAAGAGCAGUUUCUCGAGCAAACACCGUGGGCGAAUCCUCAGCAUCCUAUCCAUCGCCUCAGUCGACAAAAUUCCAAUCGCUCUCCGAUGAGCGAAUUCCUUACCCCAGCGAAUCAACAACGUAACAUGACCGACGGGCUUCAACCUCCGGGCGGUUCAGCAUCUACUAUCGUUGACCCUUCUGCUUCCGCACCUGUAUCUUCCGCAGUCAACACACCUCAUGACGGACAAAGCAGCGCGGCCAAAAUCGAGGCGCAAGCUGGUGGAGGGUCGUCCGGGCUGCAGAACUAUCGCAUGCACUCAGCAAGUCCCCUAGACAUGCGGCGUCAACCCGCUCCAGUCGACAGCUCCGAUGUGCAACGUCAGGAAGGGAGGGAGAAAGAUAUCAUUGGCAAUGGACGAGAUAUGGCUUCUUCGCCCCUCACUUCCCGGGCCUACCUCAACGCAACGGGGCCCCGAGCUCCUGCCAUCACGGCGGGGACCGGGAGGUUUAGCGUGCGCUGA